AUGCAAUCUAAUACUAUUGUCCGAUUAACUAUGGCCAUGUGCCUUGUCUUCCUACUUUUCACUACUGUUCUUUCCGAAUCUAGUUCAGCUGAUUCAAAAGCAGCAUCCAAUAAACGUGUUGUUCGAUCGGUAUUCAGUGAAUCCGAAGAUGAUAUCAACAAGUUUUGUCAACAGCUUUGUAUGAAUGAUCAAUUCUUGGCUAAACGUUUUAGAUCCUAUUUAAAACGCUUCGUUCAUGGUCGAUCAGUAAACGAUAACGUUGAACAACAAAAUGACGAAGACGAUCUCCUCGAAAAACGAUUUGUUCAUGGCAAACGUUUCGUUCACGGUUAA